AUGGUAAUGAAAGUAAAAAAUGAUGAUGAUAGCAGCGACAAUGAAUCCUGGUCGUCGUACGAUAAUUUACCUGAGGAGGAUUUUGAAAAGAAGGAGGGUUCUUGUAGUGAAAACGAGGAUAUUGACGUCCAGAACGAGGAAAAUCAUGGUGUUGAAUCUUUCACGGAUAACAUAAGUCAGGCUAACUUCGAUGGCUGGAGUGGUGAUGAUGGCUAUGAGCAUGAGGAUGCAGCUAAUAUGGACAUUGAGGAGGAUGAAAUCCAGCAACGGGCGCUGGAGACACAGUUGAAGGUUAUGGGUAUGACCUUUGCAUCACAAUGGGAGGCUUACACGUUCUACAAUAACUACGCCAAAGAUCGUGGAUUUAGUAUCAGAAAAGAUAAGGUGAAACGAGGAAAAGGUCUUUCAACCACUAUUCGAGCAGAUGAGGUGGUAUUUCUGCGGUCACAUAGAGUGAUGGGAGAUCACCAGAUAGCUGAGAUCUUGGCGAUGGAAGGAGUUGGGAUCAGAAAGCAUAUCAUCGUCGACAACUUCAUUAGCAGGUAUGGUUCGUACGAUAAGUUGAUUGCGAAGGGUGAUGCUAACACGGCAAUCGGGAUUAUGAGGAGCAGAAAGGAGAAUGAUCCAGACUUCUUCUUUGAGUACGUGCUCAAUAAGGAGGGCCGUUUAAAGAGCAUGUUCUGGUGCGAUGCACAGUCGCGGCGGGACUAUCAGUUGUAUGCAGAUGUGACUAUGUUUGACAGCACGUAUAAGAUGAACAGAUAUGGUAUGCCAUUCAUCCCCUUUGUUGGUGUAACUAAUCACCGUUGCACCACGGUGUUUGGUUGUGCCAUUGUGUCCGACGAGACCGAAGCAACGUACGUGUGGCUGCUCCAGACAUUCCUAAAGGCCAAUUGUCAGAAGAAGCCAAGGAACCAGACAUAA